GGGAAGAAAGGCUACUGUUCAUUAAAGAUUAAAGAAUAACUCCGCCAUCAUCAGAAAAGCAAAACUUUUGCUUUUCAACGUUCAUCGAGAAUCCUACAGGAGUGUGGAACUUUCAUCAUCAUUAAUCUCUCUACCGGAGAUUAUUCCGAGGAUAAUCGCCCAAAUCAUGAUUUUGGUCGAUGGGGUUCCGUUUUCUACACAUUUAUCUUCUACAUCUCAGGGAAUAGACACUUUACUUGCCUUGUUGGAGAAUCCUUUUAUUGUAUCUGCCUCAAAUUCUUUCAAGACAACCCCACAGCGGAAGUUUUCAGUUUCGGAAGAGUCUUGUUCUGAUCGAUCAAAAUGGGUAUAUGUAUUCCAGAGUGAAUAUGCGACCGUGGACCCUGCAUUUGUUAAUUAUGUUGGCACUGAUGAAGCGACAACAUGUGUUGGCCUUGUCAUUCGGAACCGGAGUAAUGGGAUGACAUCACUGGCCCAUAUGGAUUCACCUGAGAUUGUUGAUACAGGUCUUUCUCAAAUGCUAUCACUACUUGUUGAUGACAAUAUGGAGACUGGGUUUGAGGUACAUCUGAUUGGGGGUUUUGAAGAUGUUUCACCAAAACAUGCUAAUGGUAGGACAGAAUCAGAAAGUCAUUCAGAUUUGGAAGGUUAUUCCUUUCCUCUGUGUACAAAAAUUGUUCAAGCUUUAUGCACAAGGGAAGAGACAUUCCAUCUUCAAACUCUCUGUGUCCUGGGGCAUAACACCCGAAGGGAUUCUGAUGGAAAUACAUUCCCCAUUUUCAAUGGAUUUGCGGUGGAAACUAUGACGGGAAGAGUCAUUCCAGCAAGUUUUGAUCGAACUUCUAGGUGCCCUGAUGAAAUUGUCAGGAGAAUACGAGUAACUGCUUCCUUUGAAGAUCCCAGUAGGAAUGGCAAGUUACUGGAGACAUAUGACACUAAAACAGAUCGGUUCAUAAUUGCUCCAUGUCGCUGGACUCUUCGACAAUAUCAUAUUGCUUCCACGCUAAUUCAUCAUUCUGAUUCAGAAAUUCUUUCAAUGUGUUCUACCUCACCUGAUGCCGAAGGCCCAGAUUUUGUUGACAGCUUGAGAAGGAAGUGGAAUUAUUUGAUUGAGCAUCCAUCCUGGACAGAAACCUUCCCCAGGAAGCAGCCUCGCAUUUUUGAGAGGACAGCUGAUGGAAGCUGGAGAAGGUGCUGAUGCACUCUAAAGUUGCCAAUCUGUCCCCAUAAUUAGACAAGCUUCUGCAAUGUCAUGUUUCAGGGUCCGACAUGGAUUGAUUGGAUUCUUUGUCUGCUAAUUGAAAUGCUCUCCUGUCACAGGAUAUUUCAUUUGUGGUGAAUUUAAAAUGAUAACCAAUAAAAUUAUAUGAAUGUGUUUCCUCAGAAUUUUACUUUCAUUUGUUC